AUUAAAACAAUUUUCAUUUAACGUAAUACACGGAAUCUAAUGCUCUUUUGCACCAUACGCACAAGAUCUUGUGGUUUUUGUGGACGAAAUAACAAAAAAAAAAGUAUGUACAGUGUUGUCAAAUCGGCACUGUAUUAAAGGGGAAAAAGCGCGGGAUUUGUAGGUGAACUGCAAUGUCUGACAAUGAGUUACUUGAUUCUUUACUUGCCGUAAUUAAUGAAACCCCCGAACCUCAACCGUCCUUCGAUAAAGCACUAACAUCAUUGGACAAUGUGCUUGUUCAACCGGCAAAAGAAAAACUGCAGUCUGAUCGUAGCACAAUACACAAUGGGGACACCGAUUCCUCGGAGGAUGAAGAUAAUCGUGACUUUGAGAACAGACAAUAUACUGAAUACGGACGCAGUAUUAAACAUCUACUGCGUACGCAAGCCUCCACUUCAAAACAAACCUCCAAGCAACUAUGGACUGCGAAACCCAGCACUAAUCAAUCAGAAUCCGUUCGUUGUGAAGUCUUAUUUGGAAUUCAAGUGGCGAAUCCACUAGUCACAGUGACCGUUUUAGAGGAGCGCAUGGGUGAUCGUACGUUCAUUCCACUUAGUCGAAUUAAAACUUUUACAAGGAAUGUAUCUAAAAGCGUCGAUUGGGUAGUUGCGGGCGCUAUUGUCCAUAAAAGUCCGACGAAAGUAUCUAGUAAAGGGAAGAAUUUUAUGGUGUGGACUUUAAGCGAUUUAAAAAUGGAAUUAAAGACCAUUUCUCUAUUUUUGUUUGGUCGUGCUUACGACGAAUUAUGGAAGACGACUGUCGGAACAGUUGUCGGUAUCUUAAAUCCGUCCUUACUGGAUGCACGAGACGGUAGUAAAGAUGAGGCUCAAUUAAGUAUAAAUAACCAUCAGCUUGUGAUGCUUUUGGGUAAUUCUAGAGACCUCGGCACAUGCAAGAGUGUAAAAAAGGGCGGCGAACGUUGUACCGCCUUUGUAAACGUUAGCAUCUGCGAAUUCUGCGUGUAUCACAUUAAAACCGAAUACCAAAAGUGUAGUUUACGUUCCGAGCUUCAAUCGAGUUUUAGCGGACGUGGUUUGAAUGCCUUACGGAACAAAGUAUUAGGGAAGGACCAGGUUUUUUACGCCGGCAAGUUAUAUUCUGCAAUACCUAAAAAUAGACAGACAGCGCGAGACCAACAAAGACUAAAAGUCUUGGAGGGUAACAGUCAAAGUGUUGUAAAACGAAAAAUGCCACCCCAAAAGAAGGCGGCAUCGCAAUUGGAAAUGGAUGCAACCCAACGGUGUCGCGACCUGGAACGCUUAAAAAAACUUGGUGUUAAUUCUCCUGUGGAUCUUGACAAUAAAAUUGUAAAAUUUAACGCAGACCAUUCUCGUGAAGUGAGCUGCACUUCUGCCCUCGAUGCCAUUCAAAAGUUAAAAGAAUCAAAAGCUCCAACGCUCUCUUCCUCCGCCACCAUAGACUUAAACCUACCAAUAACUAGAAAGGAGACAAUUAAAGCUAGACAAAACGCCUUGACGUGGGUUCAAACAAAUGGCCCCAUACAGAAGCAGGAUCCGAAUAGCGUGCGUGGAAAAGGAAAGAAGCGUGCGCUCGAUGUUGAGCGUUUUCAAGAACAAGACAAGAAAGCAAAAGUGGAAAUCAACAGUUUUUCAUCUGACCGAUUUAGAAAAAUAAUGACGGCGACCUCGGCUCACAACAAUUUACUCGCCGAGAUUGAGAACGAACGGCAAGAGAAGUACUUUCAAAAGUUAGAGAUGAAAGAGAGGAUGGAAGAAAAAAUGGCUACCACAUACAAAGUUCAAUGUAAAGCUGUUCGGUGUUUAAAGUGUAAAUAUACAAAUUUCUCCGCGUCGGAUACGUGCAAGACGGAACGGCAUCCUCUAAAGGUGUUUGAUGCGGUUAAACGCUUCUUUAAAUGUGGCGAAUGCAGUAAUCGAACCGCUUGUUUAACGGUUGUGCCCACACUCUCGUGUAAAAACUGCGGCAGCAGUAAAUGGGAGAGGACGUCGAUGAUGAAGGAACGCACAGAGAAAAUUGCAGCACCGACGCUUUCUAUACGAGGGGGCGAACAGGUCUUUACAAAUUCAAAUAUUUCAAAUGCAAAUUUAGACUUAUUGGUACCUGAGUAAAUUGUAACUACUUAAGUACCUAGUACCUUUAAUAAAGUUUUGUUUUAAU